AUGGGUGUCGAUGCCGACGAGCUCAUCUUCCGCCCGUUUCGGGAGGUAGCGGAACGUGGCAACGAGGCCGUAGCCAACAUCGGCGAGGCAGGCGACGAUCUCAAUGGAGACGCAGCCGGCGCCAACAGCCUCCUCGCCAAGGCUGGACGGGCUCUGGUAAAAGAGGGCGAGCGGGCAAUGAAACGGCUGCAGCCUGUCUGGGACGGCCAGGCGGAAAAGUAUGGCAACGCCUUCAAGGAAGCGAUGUUGCAACAGGACGACAUCGAGAAGAAGAGGCUGCAGCUGGAGGACCUGUUGUACGACUUUGAAGACUACAUCGAGCCCGACACGUUUGAUGGCGACCGGUUUGCUGCCGUGCAGGCAGCCACGCGCUCGCUGGCUUUAGACGUCAUCAACCACGCCAAGCGCAUCAAGCUGGAGUCGCCCCGACGAGAGAGCACGGCCUCGCAGCUGGCCGCUGCAGCUGCGGCCACCAUUGCGUCGACCCGGGGAAUGACGUUUCCACCACUGCCACCGUUACCCCCGGUGCCAUCAAUGCCACCGAUGCCGCGAUCCUCGCUAACGACGACGAUGCAUCCCCGCGCGCUCACGUCUAUUCCCAUUUUUACACCCACAUCACCUGUAGCCGACUUGGCAGCCGCCCUGGGCGACGAGGACACCAUCCCUGACUGCGAUGCGCCCCAUAUCAACUACAGUGGCUCCAGCAGGCUCGAGAGCCUGCUGGAUCUUCGGCGCCGAAACACGCGAGGCUCCACGACGACAUCCAGCUCUCGCGGCUUCGAAGACCGCUUCGUCGGCGACGAUGCCUUUAGCAGUAACGACGCAGUGCGCAUCACCCCAAGCAGGCCUACAAUCAUCGAUGCUACAUCUCACCCAUCGCCGCCUCAGCCUCUAUCCUCUACCACGUCACCGCUGCUAUCUUCGGCUGCCAUCCCGCGCACCUCCGCUUGGGUGCGCAACCAUCAGGCCUCCAUCACGGGACGCGCGCGCUCCAGCGUGCGAGGCAAGACGUCGCGCGAGACUAUGGCUACGGAAUACAGCAACAACGAGAGUCCGUUGAUGCUGUCGCGAUUCAGCUCGCUGACUGUUUCCGGGGCCGCCUCUGUCUUUGACCACGGCCUGGGAAGCCCGGGCGGGAUGACCGACUCGCGCACCUCCUACAUGCCCUCAACUGCCAACAGCUACACGUCUGGGUCUCCCAUCAUGGUCUCGCCAAGCUGCGUACCGGCUCUGCCACCCGCGACCGAUCCCCGCGAUCCGCGCAACGCCCUACACAUGACGUCUGUCACCCUCCCACCACCCUUCGUCUCCCCUAGCCUGCCUCCUAUCCGGUCGGUCCCGUCGGCCGAGUCUGUCCAGUCAGUUGUGUCGUCGCCCGCGCUCUCAGGCCGAGCUGAGCGGAACAUCUUGUCUUCCACCAGUGUGUUGCCAUCUCCAGCGCUGUCCCCUCUGAUGCCUUCCCAGAGCAUACAGGACUUCAUUCGGUUCGACCCAUCACCCUUGAUGCCGCCAAUCAGCCUUCCAAUGUCACACCAGCUGGCGCCACAGCAGGAAGAGGUGCGGGAUGGAGAAUACUGGACUGGCUCAUUUCAUCGUCCGUACCAGCAGCCGGAUCAGACGCCGGGUCAGUUAUUGCAGUCGUCGGCCAUGAGCGUACCGGCACCGCUCAGUCUGCUGCCGGCUACACUGCCGUCGGCCCCCUCAGACAGCCACUAUGACAACGGCUUGAUGUUGGCGGAAGAGAGCUCGAACGCCGGGUUGCAUGGCGGAUCGGAGGCUGACACAGGAACGAGCCUGGAUUUUCCGAUAACGCGCGGGUUUGUGCGUGAACCAGAUUGCAGCAUCGGGCCCAGUAGUAGCUUCGUCAAGCUGGGCGGAUUUUGCCAGGGCGCCGAGUCGUUCCGGCUGGGCGGACACUGGCAGGGAAUCAAGCAGCAGGGUGGCUAUGUUGCAACAACCAUCGGCCGCUGCGUCGACUGUGGCUAUGCCCACAACUACGAGGAGGUUCGGCUCGAUAUGGAGAAGAAGCCCGAGGCCACAUUCACCAAGGCGGGAGGGGUGCGUUUUCGUCUGCGCCUGCUCUACAAGUCACACCUCAGCAACCAUCUGGCGUCGCAGCGCCAGGCUGAGAGCAACUAUGCAUGCGUGUUUUGCGUACAGGCUGGCGCUACGGUGCGAGAGGGCGAUGCCACCGUCUUCACGACGCCCGACCAUCUGUUACUGCACCUGGCCCGCCACCCACAGCCUUUGCCAGCCGUGCCUGGCAUCAGUGUUGUGUAUGGCGAGAUGGCUGAGCCGGAUUCGGAGCUGGCCAACGAUUUCGACCUGCACCUGGUGCGGUCACCCAUGCCUAUACCAGUACCCCCGACGGUCGGUCAAGCAGCUGUGGCUACGGCAGUGUGCGACCACAUGCAGCGGUACGGGUCGAAGAAGCUGAUGCGGCCGCCUAGAUAUACCGAGGACAUGCUGCACUUUCUGGCAGGCGCACGCAUCGUCGGGCUCAUGUUUCCAGAGGCGUGGGAAGGCAAGUGGUGUUUGGGCUGGCACGACGGCUUCGUGGGCGCCUUUGCAGCCAAGGCCGUGCAGAUUGAGCCGCCACGGAAGAGCGAGAUCCCGAUGGAGAGCAGUAGCGGGAUGAAGGUGACGGCGAGGUGGAAGUGGAAGCCCAAGGCAGCACCAGGCAGUACAAGAGGUGGACACGAAGGGAAAGGCGGCAAGAGCGGGAGGCGAGGGAACGACAGCGAUGACGAGGGCGUGAACGAAGAUGACGAUGGCGCCAAUAGUGACGCUGCCUCUGUCUGGCUCCACUUUGACAAGGGCGAGACGAUCUUUAACGUCAAGUGCCUGUACGCGGACUACUGGUGUUGGGCCGGCACCGACAGCAAGGGCCGCUACGGUGUUUUUCCACAGUCACAUAUCCUAACGGAGACGCUGCAGCAGGAGAUGUUGGCGCCGCAGCCGACCAAAACUGGCUGGUCGGCCAAGAGCUUCUUCAGCAAGGGGGGGGCUAUCGGCAGCACGCGACGGCCCGUGAGCAGCAGCGCUUCAUCGUCACUAACCAGCAACAGCAUGGGCCAGACUCGGCGGUCUUGA